AUGAAGAAAAUUUCAGCCUUCAAGCUAAAGAACUUUGUGUCCUAUUUAUCUUGUGUCGAGGAAUUUGAAAAUCCAAAUGUGAAGCUGGAGUAAUAUAUGACUCCUCCUGAUAUCACUGCUAACAUGUUCUCAAUAUUUCAUUUUGAGGAAGAUGCUAUUGAAUCUAAAACGAUUGCUGAUUUUUGCUGUGGCACUGGGAUGUACUCAAUCGCUUCUACCUAUUUCAAGCCAGAUAAAGUAUUUGGGUUCGAUAUAGAUACUGAGGCAUUAUAAACUUGCACAGAGAAUAUCGAGAAUGCUGAGUUGGUUGACUAAAUCGAGCUAGUAUAAUGCAAUAUUUGUGAGAUUUAAGAUAACCCAAGAUUUAAAGAUUAUUUUGAUACUGUAAUUAUGAACCCUCCUUUUGGAACAAAGAAUAAUGAAGGCAUUGAUAUGAAACUACUUAGCACUGCUAUAUAUGUAAGAAUAUUUUCUUGA